AAACAGGAAAACUCGACCAAUGCAGUUUGAUCGCCUGAUUUGUACUAGCCUUUUGAAUCUUUAUUCGAGAUAAUUUAGCCCUUUCUGCAGCUUUGCAGCAAGACAUUAAACUAUGACAAGCUAACUCGAUAUUAUCAAAGGUGUCUUGUACUUUGUUAACGCCUUUUACCCACAAUUAAACCACCUAACGCUGGUACAAUAUGGCAUCGUCGUCUUCACACCUACAGAAAACUGAAAAAGAGAAUAGCCUUCAUGAGAAAGCUCUGAAAGCAUUCCCUUCUUCUGAUUUGACGGAGGACGACCUCAUCCAAAAUCCUCAGUUUUGCAAGCUUCUGGCCAAACUGUCAACACAUGUGGACAACUCUGGCCUCACUGAGACUAUUCGGAAAGAACUGGAAAAGGCGGAAGAGGAGCUUCAGGCUGAGACAAGAAAGUGGAUGAGGCCUAUGAUUAUUCAUCAGUUACUGGAGGAGAUGGUUCAGGAGUACAUAGUCGGAAAGCAUCGAUCCACAGCUACGCCAGGGAAUGACAAGUUUUACACAACACUAGAGCAGUGCUUACUGGCUGCCAAAUGUGACGUGCAGUUGGGUCUGAGUGAGGGCCCGUCCUCUGUCCUGGAGAUCUCUGCCGACCACUUAGAAAGAGUCAUGCCUUCGGAGCAGGAUAUACAAGAUAUGAAAGAAAGACUGCCAAAGGAGCUUGAGAAACAUCUUAAAAGGAAGGCUUUUAGCAUCCUAACCUAUAUCCAGCCUGAAUCAGAAAAGGACAGUGAUGGUCUAAAGUUGGAAAAGUUCAACCAUCUCCCUGAACUGCUGAAGGAAGAGAUUGACAGAACUGAGCAUUUACGAGACGAAAAUGCAGAGAUGGCCUUCAAAUUGACGCGGGAAACUCACAGCUAUCUCAAUGACUUAUUGGAGCACAUGAAGCUUCUACAGACUUUGCUUCUGGAGAACCGAUUAAAAGUUCAGACAAAGUUGGACAGGAAGAAGUUGGAAUACCUUGAAGCCAAAUGUCAACUUGGUGUGCAGAAGAUAAGGGUUGAGAUGUUGGAUAUACAGCUGGACACGUACACAGCAAGCAAAAUAUCUACACAUAAAAAAAUCAGAGAGCAUCUGGAAACGGAGUUGACAGCCACUCAGAAGGAGAAGCAGGCUGCUGAGAGCAAACUGGCUUCAUAUGAGAUGUUUGGUCAAGAGUUCAAAGACCUGGCGGAGGAAUAUGCUCGACUUCAGGUUGAAAUUGAAGCCAAAAGGUUGGCUAUCGAUUCCUUGAACAAAAUAGAAGUUAAAUGAUUUUAGUCCAAAUACAGCACUUUUGACAAUUUUUGUUGGUUUCAUAUAAAAAGAUAUAACACCUGGUGAAAUAUGUGUUCAAUUGCAUACAUGUUAUUGGUUUAAUUUGUACAAAUGUUUGUGAUUACUGACACACAAUAGUAUUAAAUAAUAAAACUGUGUUUUAUGA